AUGACGCUCGCCAUAGAGACGUCCUGCGAUGACACGUCGGUCGCCAUUGUGGAAAAGGGCGCGCACCACGGCCGUGCUGUGGCCCGCCUGCACUUCCACAAGAAAGUCACGGCCAACAACACCCACUUCCACGGCGUACACCCGCUCUUCACCCUCAAGUCCCACCAGGAGAAUCUGGCGCUGCUGGUCGCAGAGGCCAUCGAACAUCUGCCCAGCCGCCAAGGAAGGCGCAGGCUGCCAGACUUCGUGUCCGUCACCCGAGGCCCUGGCAUGCGCUCGAACCUGUUCACUGGCCUCGACACGGCCAAGGGCCUGGCAGUGGCCUGGCAGAAACCUCUCGUAGGCGUCCACCACAUGCAGGCCCACGCCCUGACCCCUCGCCUGGUCGCCGCCCUCGACGCCUACAACACCUACAACACCCACAGCGCCCUCGACGCCUACAGCACCCACAACACCCACAGCACCCACAGCACCCACAUCACCCACAGCACCCACAACACCCACAACACCACCCAAGACGCCGCCGACCUGAACGCACACCCUCUCGUGCAUGGCACUGCCGCCCUGGCACCAACCUUCCCCAUCCUCUCCGUGCUCGCCUCGGGCGGGCACACCAUGCUGAUCCACUCGACCUCGCUCACCGACCACGCCAUCCUCGGCACCACAGACGACAUUGCUGUUGGCGAGUGUCUCGACAAGGUCGCCCGCGUCGUGCUGCCCGCCGAAGAGCUUCAGAGCGCAGAGAGCACCAUGUACGGCGCUCUGCUCGAGUCCUUUGCCUUGCCCCCACCCGCCCACGACUCCACGCAGUCCAGAGCAAAGAGCGAGCUCUCGGGCCUGACAGCACAGGCCUACCUCGAACACGCUCACCUACACGACUGGUACACGCCGCCCACCAACAACGAGGUGGCCGUAGAACGGAGCAAGACGACAUGGGGAUGGAGCAUCAACCAGCCCCUGACCAAGACGGGCGGUGGCAACAAGAUCAAGACCAUGGGCAUGAGCUUUUCGGGCUUGAUGACGGCCGUGGACCGACUUGUGCGCUACCCCACCGAUCCAGAGACGGGGAAGCUGUCCAAGCAGGUGCGGAGCGCAAAAAGCAUCACUCUCGACGAGCGCCGCGAUAUGGCCUUGGGCGUUAUGCGCGCUGCCUUUGAGCACAUUGCUUCGCGCGUCAUCCUUGCGCUGAAAAACAGUUCCAAUCCUACACCCCCGUCCAUCGCACCAGCCGUCGUCCUAGCUGGCGGUGUCGCCUCCAACGCCUUCCUCCGCCACGUCCUCGCCAGCACCCUCUGUGCCCACGGAUUCGGAGACGUGGUGUUAUACUUUCCACCGCCCAAGUACUGCACCGACAACGCCGCCAUGAUUGGCUGGGCCGGGCUCGAAAUGUACGAGGCUGGGCAUGUUGACCCCCUGAGCAUCAGGGCCGUGCGCAAGUGGCCACUGGACCAGCUGCUGACACCCGUGGACGACGGCAAGAUGGAGAAGAGUAACAUGUAG